AUGACCAUUGAGCUUGACCAAGCUCUCCUAAUGAAAGCCCACGGAGCUAUCCCAGCGGCUAGCCCGCGUGUAUCAACAUCCUCAACCUUGGUUAAUCCCCAUGCAUCAAUGUCUACUAUCUCAUCAAUAUCAACAACUUCCACAUUCGUGGCGCCUGGUCAGGCAGGUUCCCCCGUGGUUGCGUCCCCGGUAGCAACAUUUGGACCGUCGAUCCCGACCGUCAAUGACUCGGUAAUCAACAAACAAGCAGAUGCUUCCCAAUCGCUCUAUCAAAUAUGCCGGCAACUCAAGAAACGACUGGAGCUCAUCCCGGGGAUGGACAGGUACUUGGAGCAAUUCGCCACAGAUCCCGAACACCCAGAUCUACCGGCGGACCCUGUAUAUCAGCUCUGGCACACAUUCAGGACCGGUGCUCCCCUAAUACUACUCUACAAUACCCUUCGCCCGGACAAUCAAGUGGCUGGUGUGGACGAAAUACCCGACUCUCUAAACAAGAAGAAGGCGCUUGUGUUCCGUUUUUUGAAAAACAUUAAUGAAGAACUGUCCCUCAUUGGCGAAAAUACUUUCAUCAUCACAAACGUCUAUGGCGAUGACACAAAUGGCUUUGUUAAGGUCGCAAAAGUAGUAUCACAGGUUCUCGACGAGCUCGAGAAAAGAAACAUACUCGCAAUAAGCGAUAAAUUAGCUGAUGGGGGAGCUGAACGAGCUGGCCUUGACAAACGCGGCAAAGCAGUUGCCGAGUUUCUGGAUACCGAACGGAAGUACGUUCAGGAUCUAGAGCAGUUACAACAGUUCAAGCAAAAGUUACAAGCGGAGGAAAUUGUGUCCAACGAUACCAUCCACUCCUUAUUCCUGAACCUUGAUCAUCUACUGGACUUUCAAAGACGGUUUCUCGUCAGGCUAGAGAUGAUGUAUGAUAUGCCUGCUGAGAAACAGAAGUGGGGAUCUCUCUUUCAACAUUAUGAAGCAAAAUUUUGUGUCUAUGAAGACUUUUGUGCUAAUUUUAAACACGCGCAAGACCUCGCGGUGUUAGAAGCCCCGAGAUUGAAUAAACUUGAUCAUCCGCUGAACAGGGCUGGUGUCGGCGGCUUUUUAAUCAAACCACCUCAGAGAAUCUGUCGGUAUACACUGUUAUUAGAAAGUAUCCUCAAGGCAUCAGCGCAGGAUGAUCCUAGAAGAGAAGACCUUGAAGAAGGCCUCAAGACGAUCAUUAAGGUUAACACUAAGGUUAACGAGGCUAUCGGAAAAUUGGAAAAUGCUGAAGUUGUAGAAGAAUUGAAGGACAGGGUGGAGGAUUGGAAGGGGCAUCAAAUCGAUCACUUUGGUGACCUCCUCCUUUACGGUCAAUUUACCGUAAUUAAAGGAGACGCAAAAGGUGAUAUCGAGCGAGAGUAUCAAAUUUAUUUGUUCGAAAGGAUACUCCUCUGCUGUAAAGAAAUUGGGGCAAAUAAGAAAUCAAAGGCAGCUGCAGCUGCUAAUAAGAAGGGGCCAAAACUCCGCCUCCAGCUUAAAGGCAGGAUCUUCAUGCAAAAUGUUACGGACAUUAUCAGUCUGGCAAAAAAUGGAUCGUAUACCCUUCAAAUCUUCUGGAAAGGGGACCCGGGUGUUGAGAAUUUUAUCAUCCGCCAGCGCAACGAAGAACUACUGAAGCAGUGGAACAACCUCCUUCAUCGACAAGUUGCUCUAUGGAAACGAGACGAUGCCCCAGCUAAAUCCGACCGCCCGGCUCGAUUUCCCACCUCGAAUACUGAGUUCAUAUGGACCGCCGGUGCUGACGUACCGCGCCCAACCGAAGACGGCGUCUCGUCUGACGAUGACGACGAGGAAGAGGAGGAACAAGGAGAGCCCGAAGCGGCACAGGCCCCACGUAACGAAUCACUGGCGAAAUAUCCACCGGGUGGCAGCCAAGCUGCUUUCCCACCACCUAAACAGCCCAAGUAUCCGAUAUCGUCUUCCAACCAAUACAUACAAUCGCAAACUACUACGCCUCUUUCCGCAGCGACACCUACAAAUGGAAUGUCCUAUUUUUCACCUUCUGAAUCGCCUAUGCCCACACCCCAAGGUAGACAAACAUCUGGGCAAUAUCCAUUCCCGAAGCAAGGUGGCCACGAAAACGGAGCGGCGAUGGCUAGGUCCACUUCUAGAGAAGGCAGCGGCCAGCGUAUUCAACGGCCUUCACUUCCAGGUAUCGCACAGCCUCAAUCUACCACCCAGCAAAACAGAAUGCGGUCCGCAAGCAGUCCUAACAUUCACCCUUUGCCAGCAUCUUCCCCCCUAGGGCGUGCAAAUGCUUUGGGCACUCCUCCGCUUCCUAAUACAGCUGGAUAUCCUACUCCCUCAAGGAUGAUAUCGCAAAGCCCAUCUCUGUACUCUCAUGUUCAGCACCUGAACACCUUGCCUGAAAACCCACGAGCUAGUGGAAUGGCACAUAUCAGCACAAUGCAUCAAGACUAUAUUCCGAGAAAUGGCACACCGCCAAUGGAAGCCCUCAGAGUCGGUGACACCGCAUCUCUGCCCGCAAUGCGGCAGAUGCCUGUACCGUCACUCAAAGUCAAAGUUAGCUAUAUCACAGAUAUGUUUGUGAUUAUAGUUCCGCAGAACAUCGGAUACACCCAAUUAAUGGACCGAAUUGAGCGAAAAGUUAGACUCUGCGGUGGCGCAACAUAUUCCAGCAACAAUCCUCUGAGAGUCCGGUAUCAGGAUGAGGAUGGUGAUUAUAUUACCGUUAAUUCGGAUGAAGAUGUCCAGAUGGCUAUUGAGAGCCGAUUUCACGGGGGAGAGGAGUCUAUGAAUGCUGUAACCCUCUUUGUAGCGGAGGACGACAUCAGGCGACGUUGA